AUGUAUAGACGUAUAUCUAUGUGUGGUGUGUAAUAAUUCGGACCACGUUUCGCUGCGAUUCGCGCAGAAUCGAAGUUGCCGAGGGAGAUUAGUUGUGACCGGCGGCCCGAUCGCGUGAUACUUGUCUAAGUUCUAACCAUGGGUGACAACGUGGUGGCCGACGUGCAAAGUCUGACCUUGACGGAGGAUAAGGCACGAAUCCCCCCGACUUUACAUACGACUCCGCGAACCUCUCUCGCUUUCUGAGUAUCGUCAAGCUAUUAUGCUGACGAGUUUACGUUUUCACGUUUGUUGUAGGCCCGUUUACGGCGGUAUUAAGUGGACACAUGUGCGGGCGAAAUCGUUGAAGGCGAAGAAGAAAGAAAAGGUUGCGCAGGAGAUGAAGUCCGUGUCGGAGCUUAAACCUUGGCCCUCCUAUAUUCAGGACCGUAUUGUCUUAUGGGAUAAAUUGAAAAAGGAUUAUGAUGAGGCAGUGGCGGCGAAGACUCCGGAAAAUAUAACUGUAACUCUUCCGGACGGCAAGAACGUGCCCGCGCAGUCCUGGCGCACGACUCCUUAUGACGUCGCGAAAAGCAUCAGCCAAGGGCUGGCGGACAAUACUGUGAUCGCCAAAGUCAACAACGAACUGUGGGAUCUCGACAGACCUCUGGAGUGCGAUUGCAAGCUGCAGCUGCUGAAGUUCGAUAAUCUGGAGGGUCAGCAAGUGUUUUGGCACUCCAGCGCCCACGUCCUCGGGGAAGCCAUGGAGAGAGUCUACGGCGGCUGCCUCUGCUACGGCCCUCCCAUCGAGAACGGCUUUUACUAUGACAUGUACCUGGGCGAGAAGGGCAUUUCCAACGUGGACUUCCCGUACUUGGAGAGCCUGUACAAGAACAUAGUCAAGGAGAAGCAGCCGUUCGAACGGCUGGAGAUGACGAAGGAGGAUCUCCUGGAGAUGUUCAAGUACAACGAGUUCAAGGUGCGGAUUAUAACCGAGAGGGUGCACACGCCCACCACCACGGCCUACAGGUGCGGUCCGCUGAUCGAUUUGUGCAGGGGGCCGCACGUGAGGCACACGGGAAAGAUCAAGGCCAUGAGGAUCACGAAGAACUCGUCCACGUAUUGGGAGGGGAACGCUAACGCGGAGUCGCUGCAGAGGCUGUACGGGAUAAGCUUCCCGGACGCGAAACAGCUGAAGGAGUGGGAGAAGUUCCAGGAGGAGGCGGCGAAGCGGGAUCACAGGAAGAUCGGUAGGGAGCAGGAGCUGUACUUCUUCCACGAGCUCUCGCCCGGCUCCUGCUUCUUCCAGCCGCGCGGCGCGCACAUAUACAACACCCUGAUCGAGUUCAUUCGCUCCGAGUACAGGAAGCGGGGCUUCCAGGAGGUGGUCAGCCCGAACAUUUACAACAGCAAGCUGUGGCAGACCUCGGGACACUGGCAGCACUACGCGGAGAACAUGUUCUCCUUCGACGUGGAGAAGGAGACCUUCGCGCUCAAGCCCAUGAACUGUCCGGGCCACUGCCUGAUCUUCGACGUGCGGUGCAGAUCCUGGCGCGAGCUGCCGCUCAGACUGGCGGACUUCGGCGUGCUGCAUCGCAACGAGCUGUCGGGCGCGUUGACGGGCCUCACGAGGGUGAGACGGUUUCAGCAGGACGACGCGCACAUAUUCUGCUCCAUAGAGCACAUCAAGGACGAGAUCAGCGGCGCUCUCGACUUCCUGUGGCACGUGUAUUCCGUUCUCGGUUUCACGUUCAACUUGUGCCUGUCCACGCGACCCGAGAAGUUCCUGGGCGACAUCGCGAUCUGGAACGAGGCCGAGAAAGCGUUGGAGGAGAGUCUGAACGCGUUUGGCCAACCGUGGACCCUUAAUCCCGAGGACGGGGCGUUCUACGGACCUAAAAUCGACAUCACCAUUAUGGACGCGCUCAAGAGGCCUCAUCAGACUGCCACGAUACAAUUGGAUUUCCAGUUGCCAAUUAGGUUCAAUCUAUCGUACGUUAACGAAGCUGGAGAAAAAACCCGACCGGUUAUCAUACACAGAGCUAUCCUGGGCUCGGUAGAGCGCAUGAUUGCGAUCCUAACGGAAUCGUAUGGCGGUAAAUGGCCGUACUGGCUCUCUCCGCGGCAAGCGAUGGUUGUGCCGGUAGCGUCGCAAUUCGACGAUUAUGCUUACGAGGUGAAACAGAAGCUCUGGGACGCUGGCGUGAUGGUCGAAGUCGACACCGAUCCGAGUGACACUCUAAACAAGAAGAUUCGUAAUGCUCAGCUUGCACAGUUUAACUUUAUACUCGUUGUGGGAGAGAAGGAACGUAACGCCGGCACGGUGAAUAUAAGAACGAGAGACAACGUGGUGCACGGUGAAAUGGCGGUGGACGAGUUAAUCGCGAAGCUGAAGGUCAUGAAGGAAACGAGAGAUCAAAGCGGCGAAUUAAAAUCUUAAUUCGGCAAUCUGUAUUAAAGCAAAUUUAUUUAUUUCUAGAUAUUGCACGAGAUCUUGAUAAAACUGUAAUGAACUUAAUAACGAUAUGGAUCCUUUUUUUUUUACAGUGAAUUAUUUCUUUGUUUAGGAAAAUGUACAUUCUUAAUUUUUUGUACGUCAAUUCUCUUCGAUAAAUAUGGAAAGCCAGGGAUAUUAUUUAUGUGCGUUUCACACAUAAGUGUACAGCAUUUAUUAUUACAUGUGAUUAAAUGUUUGAUCAUUCUUCGUAUACAUUACGUUCUAUUAUAAUAUGAAUUAUCAAUUACCACAUUUCUACAUAUCUUAUGUUUAACAUGUAUGUUUAACAUAUUUUGUUGAACAUAUUUAUACACAAUGAUACUUAUAGUGAUGAUAUUUAAAAAUCUUUAUUAAAAUUUUUUGGCUCUUUAAUCGAUAUUACUUAUUUAUAUAAUCCAAGAUUUGUCACUGUAUCUUUUUUCUGUACAUUUGAAAUUAAAUCUCUGAUUUUUCUUUUUUAUAAUA